GCAGUGCGGGUGCACAUAGCUGCAGAAAGAGAGGGGGCAUUCUCAGUUUUCCCGACUUCUCCCAGCCGCUUCCACAUCACCGCGGCGAGCCGAGACGACAUGCGUCCAGCUCGCCUCAAUCCCACGGCCAUUAAGAAAACGACCAAUGUUAGCAAGCUGAUGUAGCUCUAAAUGAGGGAUUCUGCUGCCAAGAUGACACGUGACCUGAUUUGUCUCAUGAGACCAUUCUCCAAUCAAGAAUAUUAAUCAAAACCUAUCCAGGACAUGGUUAGGAAGCUUGCAUGAUGGGCAGGUGAUGGAGUCUUCCAUCAUUUUUACCCGCCACUGACUCAUCCUGUCAGCUUUCCCUCAGAGGCAGAAGUGUGUACCAGCGAUCCAAGGCCCCCCACACCUCUGCCAUGGUGACAUAAGCAGGAUUGCAAUAUGAGGGAGAGCCAACGUGAAACCAUCUCAUUUCUUUCUCCAGUAGCUGCUGCAGCUGCCACCUCAACACCUUUUGCCGUUUGUCCAAAAAUAGACAGAUUUUUCUGUUCGUGAAUAGUCACAGCUCACCAAUUUCGACCCUCCGGUGGGGGGAGCGGUGUGGCGAGAGACGAUGCUGGGAUGCGUGACUCGCCUCCGUCGGCUGGUCCGUCUCCUCCCUCUCCAGACGUCCCUCCUCCUCCUGUUUCUCUUCUGCACUGUCAGCGUCUUCAUCUCAGCCUACUUUCUCUAUGGCGUCAAGCGGGAGCUGGAGCCAUCAGGAGGGGGUGUGUCAGGAGCAGAGGGAGCAUCGGCCGACUCCGACGACCUGAGGGUCACGCCGUCUCGGCUUUUACCGCUGCGUAGCGUCUCGGGAGGCCCCGGAGUGGAUCCUGCUGGGGCCAGGACAGAUCCUGUAGUUCUGGUGUUUGUGGAAAGUCAGUAUUCUCAACUUGGUCAGGAGAUUGUGGCCAUUUUGGAGUCUGGUAGGUUCCAGUAUCGGACUGAGAUAUCACCUGGGAAAGGGGACAUGCCAACAUUGACGGACAAGGAGAGAGGACGUUUCACACUAGUCAUUUAUGAGAACAUUCUCAAGUAUGUUAACCUGGACGCUUGGAACCGAGAGCUGCUGGAUAAGUACUGUGUGGAAUACGGAGUUGGCAUUAUAGGCUUCUUCAAGGCCAAUGAGAACAGUCUGCUGAGUGCACAGCUGAAAGGAUUUCCCCUCUUUCUCCACUCCAACUUGGGUCUGAAGGACUGCACGGUCAACCCCAAGUCACCCUUGCUCUUUAUCACCCGAUCUGGGCAGCCGCUGCCUGGUCCUCUCCCAGGAGAUGACUGGACCGUCUUUCAAUCCAACCACUCGACCUAUGAGCCUGUGUUACUGGCCAAGACCCAAUCAGCUGAGAGCAUUCCAUCCAUGGGACAGAAUGCUGCUCUGCUCCCGUCGGUAGUACAGGACUUGGGCCUUCAUGAUGGCAUCCAGAGGGUUCUGUUUGGGAAUAACUUGGUCUUCUGGCUCCAUAAGCUGGUGUUUGUGGAUGCUGUGGCCUUCCUUACCGGGAAAAGGCUCUCAUUGUCCCUGGAGCGCUACAUUUUGGUAGAUGUGGAUGACAUCUUUGUGGGAAAAGAGGGCACCCGCAUGAAGGUGCCUGAUGUAAAGGCCCUGCUGGAGACGCAGAGGGAGAUGCGCACACAUGUUCCCAACUUCACCUUCAAUCUUGGCUUCUCAGGGAAAUUCUUUCACGCAGGAUCAGAUGAGGAGGACCUUGGUGAUGACCUGCUGCUUUCCUAUGUGAAGGAGUUCUGGUGGUUCCCUCACAUGUGGAGCCACAUGCAGCCCCAUCUCUUCCACAACCAGUCUGUGCUGGCUGAGCAGAUGCUGCUCAACAAAAAGUUUGCCAUGGAGCAUGGGAUCCCAAUCAACAUGGGCUAUGCUGUGGCACCUCACCAUUCGGGCGUCUACCCUGUUCACUUACAGCUGUACGACGCCUGGAAGAAGGUUUGGAGCAUCAAGGUGACCAGUACCGAGGAAUAUCCACACCUCAAGCCAGCCCGCUUUCGGCGAGGUUUCAUCCACAGCGGCAUUAGCGUGCUGCCCAGGCAGACGUGCGGUCUUUUCACACACACAAUCUUCUAUAAAGACUACCCAGGAAGCCCCAAUGAGCUGGACAAACUCAUCAAUGGGGGAGAACUCUUCCUCACAGUUUUGCUUAACCCGAUAAGCAUCUUCAUGACCCAUUUGUCCAACUACGGGAAUGACCGUCUUGGCCUGUACACUUUUAAAAGCCUGAUGAUGUUCGUCAAGACCUGGACAAACCUAAAGAUUCAGACCCUCCCGCCUGUGCAGCUGGCUCAGAAAUACUUCAGCCUGUUCCCCUCUGAGAGAGAUCCACUCUGGCAGGAUCCAUGUGAGGACAAAAGACAUAAAGACAUCUGGUCCAAAGAAAAAACAUGUGACCGCUUCCCCAAGCUACUUGUCAUUGGGCCUCAGAAGACAGGCACAACAGCACUCUACCUGUUUCUUAGCAUGCACCCUGACCUGACCAGUAACUACCCCAGCAAGGAGACUUUUGAGGAGAUCCAAUUCUUCAAUGGUCACAAUUACCACAGAGGCAUCGAUUGGUAUAUGGAGUACUUCCCCCUGCCCUCCAAUGCUAGCUCUGACUACUACUUUGAGAAGAGUGCCAACUACUUCGACUCUGAGGUGGCUGCACAGAGGGCUGCAGCUCUCCUGCCCAAAGCCAAGAUCAUCACCAUCCUCAUCAACCCAGCUGACAGAGCGUACUCUUGGUACCAGCACCAAAGAGCCCAUGAUGACCCGGUAGCUUUGAAAUACUCAUUCCAUGAUGUCAUCACUGCCGGCCACGACAGUCCGGCCAAGCUCCGGGUCCUCCAGAAUCGAUGUCUGAUGCCAGGCUGGUACGCCAUGCACCUGGAGCGCUGGCUCAACUACUACCACUCCAGCCAGCUGCUGGUCUUGGAUGGGCAGAUGCUGAAGACUGAACCUUCCUCGGUUAUGGAUAAAAUCCAGAAAUUCCUGGGCUUAACUAACAUCAUCAACUACCACAAGAUCCUAGCGUUUGAUCCCAAGAAGGGUUUCUGGUGCCAGCUGUUGGAGGGCGGGAAGACAAAAUGUCUGGGGAAGAGUAAAGGGCGCAGGUACCCUGACAUGGACCCUGAGUCUUUGGCGUUCCUCAGGGAGUACUACAGGGAUCACAACAUUGAGCUGUCCAAGCUGCUAUACAGAAUGGGCCAGCCGCUCCCCAGCUGGCUCAGAGAGGAGCUGGUCCACACCAGGUAGCAGUCCAACCGGGGAGAGAAAAGCAGUCCCGCACGUUCAUCACCUCAGCGCUGGCAGAGUAAAGAUCACACCACCAUGAUGGAGACCGUAAUUCUACAAGGAUCUGAGGAUGGGACGUCCAACUGGAAGUCAAAGCAAUCACUUCUUCAUUCUGUUAUCUUCUAUAACGUGUAGGAAACUAAUGGGCCAGUGAGCAAGAGGAUCCACCGAUGGAGCGCUCCUCUCUCUGAGCUUGGAGAUGCCGUGAACCCUUCGGUAUGAUAUGUCAGGACCGCGGCUGUCCUCUUAACGCCCCUUAGGAAGAAGUGUGAUGAAGAGGAUUGCUUGCUCAUCCCCUCCCUCACCAUGGUCGAACCUUCUCUCCCAUGUGUGAAGUUGAAGAAAAGCGCACGGAUGUACCGUGUACAAAGGCUGAGUUUCAGAUUCAGUCUUGACAUUUUCAGUUCUGGAAAUGGUGCGCAGCCGAAACCAGCGCCUAAGUGCUGUCUGUAGUUUAAAGCACAGAGCUUUGGGCUGACUGACAAAAAGAAAUUUGUUGUAAAUGCCUUUUGAAAGAUGAGGAUGGUUGGACAUCUGGCUGCAUGUUGUAGCCUGUUUUUGAUAGGCCUUGUUAGAAUCUUGUAAUUUCAUUUACAAAAACCAGGACAGAAUCUCCACGGAAUAUUACCAUUUGGACUUUUUUGGUUUUCUUACUGUUUUUUUUGUUUUGUUUUACUCAGACAUUGUUCUGUAGAGUUGUGAUACUUGUAGAAUGUACCGAAACUAAAAAUCAGAUUCCUCCUUCAGGCUGGAUGCAGAGAAUGUCAAAGUGCUGCCUGCUGUCACUUGAACACUGAAUGGGCGAAAGCAGGAAGUGAUGGACUCAUGUCGAAAGCACAAUAUUUAACGGUACUCAACAUACAUCUAACUGGAUAGCACACAAGCAUUUGGUUCCCACUACAAUCUGUGAAGAUCAUAAGCUAGCUACUCUGUGUAAAGAGCAAAAUUUCCCUUGCUUAUAUUUUCUUUCAUUUUAUGUAAUGAAUUAGUCAGUGACGGAGUGUAAAAAGAUCUCUGAAAAAUGUCAAGUUGUCAAGGCAAGCCUUCCCACAAUAAGCCCAGCGGCACCGCACCAGACGUGUUUUGUUUUGGGGUUUGAAGGUGUUAUCACCGCAACUAGAUGUCAAAAAUAGAUAACAAAAAGCUGCUCUACUGCAAUAGUUUUGUACAAGGUUCUGACGUAAGAAAAGAAAUGCACACAGCAGUCGUUUUCAUUUCUUGACUUUGUAAAUGUACAUAACUGGCUCCCCUUUGAUAGACCUAAAUUAUUUGAAUGUCUUUGGCUCUCCAUUGGUGUGCGACGUCAGUGCUGUAGGGAAAAUCAACGCAAUUGCUUCCUCCCAUGUCUUCUCACUGCCAACUUGUCUCUCCAUGUAUAGUAUUAACGUGAUAACACAUAACAGCAAUGAUGGUACUAAUAUCCUGGACUGUAUGAUAAAGAUUUGUAAUUGUUGUCAAUAAUUUUUACAGUGUAACUAAUAUUGUCGGUGCUUUUUAAUUUGCAAAUAAAACACCACUGUAUUUUUCACAAUUGG